UCGGAAACACAUCGGUGUAAUGUUUGUUCUCUGGUUUGGAUAAUUUUUGAAUAACGUAGUAUAUACCUCUGAAAUUGACCACAGGCUGCGUUGUGAACUCAAACGUAAUUUCUUUCGACUUCCUUUUCCGGUUGCUCUUAGGCUGUUCGUAAACCACGCUGCAUCAUGCCGUCUGUGACGCUCAAGGAUGUGGACCAACAAAAGUUUGUGAGAGCAUUUUCGGCUUUCCUUAAAAAGUCAGGCAAAAUGAAAGUGCCUGAAUGGGCUGAUCUUGUUAAGACCGCCCGUUACAAGGAGUUGGCUCCCUACGAUGAAGAUUGGUAUUAUACCAGGUGUGCCGCUCUUGCUAGACAUAUUUACUUCCGAUCUCCCGUUGGCAUUGGCGCUGUCAAGAAGAUUUUUGGCGGUCGCCAGCGCAACGGAGUGUGCCCUUCCCAUUUCUGCCGAGGGUCGGGUGGUGUCGCCAGGAAGGCUCUUCAGUCCCUGGAACAGUUGAAACUGAUCGAGAAAACGGAUGAGGGCGGCCGCAGACUCACCACACAAGGGCGCAGAGAUCUUGACCGUAUUGCUGCGCAGGUCAAACAAAAGAAACAAGCGGCUCCUCAAUGAAGUGUAAAAAUUUGGUAUAAAUAAAAUAUUGCGUUGUAAAAUGUGUUCUUUUAUUUUCCACUAGUGUUUUUAGCUGACUUAUUUCAAGGAAAGCGCUGAAAUCAAGAAAAAAUAGUAGUUGUGGUACUAAGGCAGUGGUUCUGAACGGAGUCUGUAUUGACCCCCAAGGUAGUUAAAAUUUAGACCAGUGAUGAACAAGGGGUCGAUUUUCAAAUGAACUGGGGACUGAUCAUUUUAAUCAAAUCAUGUUGAUUACAAAAAAUUUAAACAAAGUUAAUGAUUAAAUGUUUUUGUAUGAUGAUUAUCCCUUCAGGUCGUGUGCGAUCCCUGGAGAAACUCAGGAUUUCCAUAGCGAGGUCAGGGUCUUGCCAUCUCUUAUUGUCCUGCCUGUUUUUUUCUGUUCGCUAUUGUGUGCUUGACUGCAUCUGUCCACACCUUUCGAUCUUGAGUGUUGUGUAUAUCUGUCCAACGUGUUCCCAGUGUUGCCAUUAUGCCUUGGAUCCAUCGUGUCCUCCCUGUGUUCUUCGUGAUUCCCAAGCUCUUCAUUACCUUCUUUACUUGUUUUAUGGCUUCCUGAGCACAGCAGCAAAUCAAAAUCUCCUUUUGGUCGUUGAUGGUCUGCAGAAGUGAAGGUAAGUUUUUUACUUUGCAACUUCAGGCAUAUAAACUCCUCAGGAAGUUCAUGUUACUUCUUUCUCCUGAUACUCUUCUCCA